UUCGAAGGCUCCAUGUUUUGCCCGUUUCUCUGUUACGGCGGUCGAGUGAUAGCUAAAGUCCGAAGAAACGAGCAAGUUGGUUCACUCGAUGAGCAAGUGGAAUUUUGACGUGACCCUGUCGCUCUAAGCGCGUCACGAUGAUGAAUGGCAGUCGGGCUGCUCGGAGUGCCGCAACUCGAAAAUGCUGCCGCCGUUUGCCUUCUUGCCCGCCGCAGCGCCUCUCGUGGUGGUGUCGAUACACCACAACCCGAUGGGAUUGCGGGCAAGCAGCAGGACGUCGAGCUUUGGGUACAAGUUCCCGUCUCCCCGGAAACGCCGUUUCUGACGCCGGACCUUCCUCAAUUUCGACGCCUUUCGAAAAGGAAAUAAUCCGUUCAGUUGCCAGAAGAAGUCUGCUGGCAACGACCGAACGCGGAAUAUUUCGUACGCUUGUAACGGGGCUGUCCUCAGGUAACUCUGUAGUUCCUCCGAUCCAGGCGGACCCGUCUGGCCCUCUGUUUCUGCCUUGCUUGGCAUUGCGUCGGGCAAAAACACACGCAAUAGGUCAUCAGUUCCAAUCGUUUCCGUCCUGCCGAGGAAUUCAGGAAAGUCCUGCUACGCGUGUGCGUCUGAGCCCCGCACGCGAGUGGUGUGCCGUCUCGGGCGCGUCUCGACAUUGCGAUACGAGCUGCGCUUCAAUCAGGAAAUUCAAUUCUGCAGUCACUUCACGAUGUUCGUCGCCUCAGUCCGUCGCACUUCGUCCCGGUGUCCUUUCGCCUACCGGGUGUUCCGGCUUGCCGCCUCUGUGGCGAAGCUUUCGCCGCGCGGAAAACACGGUUGACCUGGCCACCUCGUUUCCGCUUCUCUCCCCGUCACGGCAUUUUUGGGGCGGUCUUCCUUCUCCUUCGUCUCUUUCCUCCCUUCUUCCAGACGUCUUUCCAAAGGCGAACCAGACCCGUGCGGCCGCGCUGCAACAGCCCCGCCACAACAGCUUCCCCGGCAGCCGCGAAGGCGCCGACACGGUGACUUUUGACAGAAGAUCCCAAGGAGGGGAGCGCGACUGGCGAAUCUUCGAGUCAAGCGACACAUGCGGGAGAGGCCACGGACUGAAUGCAGAAAAUUCCUCGCGGUCUUCCUGUCUGCGACAUUCUGAGCGAAGACUUGUCGGAGUAACUCCCGAGGAGUACUUUUCUGUUGUCAAAGACGUGGCUCGCUACCACGAAUUCGUGCCCUGGUGCAAGGAGAGUCGAAUCGUCGAACCAACUCUCGAAAGACAUGACGGAGGCGAGAGCUUCGAGGCGGAGCUUGUCGUCGGCUUCGGCCUCGUCUCCGACCGAUACACGUCAAGAGUGUCGUCCGUCUACCCUCGUCCAGGCCCCGGCGCUUCUUCGCGUUCGUCUUCGCCGUUCCUCGUGACCGUCGCGGCGGCCGAUUCGACUGUCUUCAAGACCUUAGUGAACUGCUGGGAGUUCCAUCCACUCCCUGGCGCCAAACGAGCCUGCAGCGUGGAUUUCACAAUCGAGUUCGAGUUCAACAGCUCGCUUCACCAGCACCUCGCGGGUCUGUUUCUGAACGAUGUGGCCGCGACCAUGGGCCGUUGCUUCGACGCCCGAGUUACGGCGCUCUAUGGGGUCUCCGUCGCCUCUCCUGCGUUGGUGUCUUCGUCGUUUUCUCCUUCCUUUCCUCCUCCUUCUGAAGCUUCAUGGGCGCCUCGUGUCGCUUCCGCGAACUCCAGGACGCAAAACGAAGAUUCUGUUCCUUCGCCGUCGAGCCGCCGUCGGGAUGACACUGCCCAGGCCACCGUGGUGGCUGCAGAGACACCCGAGGGUGCGUACGAGGGGCAGCAGAAAACACGAGUAACAGCAACAGAAAUGUCGGAGAAGAGAGGAGGAAAUGUCGAGUUGGCUGUACAAACCGGAAGCGGACCAGUUUGUGCGGCAGAGAUGCCUGAGAGGAAACUGGAUCAGAAGGAAGCCGUGAAGGCGCGUUUGGAGACGCGCGAGUCCGGCGAGUCUGGCGAGGCUUUGAGAGCCGCGGAGGAGGAGUCGAGUGACGACAAAAAAAGCAGCUUGAGGUGUACGUUUCCCCUGGGAACCCUCUCAGGUAGCGUCUCGGCGUCUUUCUCCGGCAGCCGCAGAAAGGAAGAGUGCGGCGAAGAACGCAGCGAUGAGACACAUCUCUGCAGCGUCCUGCCAGAGAUGCACACGAACAAGGCGGACGCAUGCGAGAUGGACAGGACCUCUCUUUUCCGUCUGUCGACGCAGACUCUCUCUGGGUCGCCGACCCCUGCAGACUUGGCGUUCUUCCUUGGUCGACUAAGGCAACUCAGGGAAUUCCCUUCAUCUUGUUUUCACUACCAUUCCUCUUCACCUCCUUCCUCUACCCGUUCUUCGUUUUCUUCCGCUACUUCUUCUUUCUCUUCCUCUUCUGUUUCUCGGUCUUCCUGUUCAUCUUCUUCCUAUUUUCCUUCUUCGAACUGUGUCGUCACGUCGACGUCUCCCUCUCGGCUGCACGCUCUCGCCUGUGGGCCGCCUCCGUUGGAGUGUCAGGAGAAGCGAGAAGAGUUGCUUGCUCCAGAGAAGAGGUCUUCUUCCGGACGUUUGUCUCCGGACGAGGAACGCGCGGCGAGACAGCUGCUGCUGGGCCGGGACUCGCGAGCUGUCUCUGCAGUUGUGGCGCUCUUUCUGGCGUUCGAUCCUGUCACUGCAAACCUGAACGUGAGUCCCCUCGCUCACAGUGGUGUAGCUCGAUGUCGACGACCAGGCAGAGAAGGCGACGCCACUGAAGGAGAGAAUGAGGAAGGAACUCGGAGACGCGCGACAGAACGCAGAUGCGAAGAUGCGAAGGGAAGAGAAGAGUGUCGAGAAACUGAGGUGGAGAGAGCCAGCCAGUUCAGCGGACAGGCGCAUGCGUCAGAAGCGACGGAGGGGCUGCUGGUGAGCAGUGCGGAACAGGCAGCUGGAGCCAGCGCUGCCACGGUUGAAGCAGAAUUCGCCUUCAAGACAGAGAGAGACUUGGCAGAUGCGUUGAGAGAUUUGGUGCGUCUGUGGAACGGCCAGGGGGCGGUGCACCGUGCUUCUAGGCGGAAGAGACACAAAAGGAAUGGCGUGAAGACAGCCAAUUCACGGAAGGAAAGGGUCGUCGCAAUUUAA